AUGUGGUUAUCAGCUUUUGCGGUCAUGUUUCUGGAUUUUCAAUUUUGCUUCAGAAUAUUCAUUGUCUCGAAUUUGAAAUGGAGCCUAAAUUGUGCAGGAACAAAUGGAAGGCUAAUUUGGUGGAGGAUACGUACUUUUUGGGCUUUGUCCAUACCCAGCGUUAUGUUCAUUAUACAAAUUGUGAUCUUCUACUGCAUACGUCGCAAAAGGCAUUUUAAUAUAAAUAACAAUCAAGAUCAAAGAGUUACACAUAUCAAAUAUGAAAAAAAUGCAACAAAAAUUCCUCAUUAUGAAUGGUCGAUGUUAAUUCAGGCUGCAUGGCACUGUAGUGUAUUGGAAAUUCAAACCAUUGUUUUUAUAUUUCUCUUUCCAAUUGUCCGUAGUAUUUUCGGCAAAGAAGCUGAUAUACCAUCGAGAAUUUUCAUAAAUUGCUUCAUCAUCUUCAGUUGCUCCGUAUUGCCUACUAUUCAUUUUAUUUACUGUAAGCAAUCGCAUAACAUUAUAAAACAUCAUUUAUAUGGCUGGUUGAGAUUGAGAAUUGGAUUGUUAAAAAAUAAGGUUAACAUACUAAAACAUACGUAA